AGACACACUUGUCCAUAGAUCAUGAGAAAGCCCAAAAUAUGACGGUCUUAUUAGGCUUAUCUGACGCCCAUCUGGUCCUGCUCGUCGUCCAGCUCUGCUCGAUUGGCGAUAUUUCACAGCUUCCCGGUCUCCUCUACCACUUCCGCCAUCCACCUUCACCAGACGUUCUUCUCCGCAUUAUCUUGACCUUUCUCCCAGAAAGUCUUGAGCCUAGCCGCUAUACCUCCGUUAUCAAUCGCCUCACCCUCGACCCGUCGACUGUGCCCACGGAGUUGGACAUCGAUACCUCCGCCAUUGCAGAGCUAUCCUGUUCCGAGGCCAGAAAACAAGUUCGAAAGCUACGACUUCUCCCUCUCCAGUACCCCGGGUAUCCUAAUGACCUUCUGGACACGCCUCUGACCCAAUUCCUUAUCCAUCGUGCAUACAGAAUAGACAACGAGUGUGGUGUGCAGACUUUCAUCGUUGACCUUAUUCGACCGUUCGUUGAAACGUCUGACUUCCUUCGCAAUUGGCUCAUUUCUACGAUACUGCCCUUAGUUCGAUUCAACUACGAAUACCAUCCGGACAGAGGGAGCGCGCUGUCCCUCGAACUUCUCGAGUCCCUAGACUGCAAAAGCGCGGUCAAUACACUCCUAUCCAACGCCGAACGACGUGAAAAUGGAGGCAAUGUAGAUCGGGACUUGCGAGGUCUGAUUGGGCCCUGGAUCUACGGACAUGGGAAAUUAAAAGGUCACAAUGUGAAUGGGAAUGCUCAGCUGGCCCCAAAAACGAAGCCCCAAGCCUCUCAGGACGAUUUCGAGUAUAUGGGUUGGCAGGACGUUAAUGAGUGGCUGCUUUCUACCGGAAUUCGAGACUUUGCUUUAGCUGUCGAGACAGUAAUACGAUGGGCUGGUCCUGGAGAUGUGGACUUGGGUGGCUAUGAUGACCCAAAAUCGACAAUAUCGGAGGAUAUAGGAGGGGAAUUGAUUUCAAGUUACGGGCAAGCCGCUAUCGCAGCUAUAUACACCAUUUCAGAAUGCAAUAAAGACACUUUGGAGGGCGCCUGUUGUAUUCUGUCAAGAAUUACGGGCCUUCUUGAGAUCGAAGGCCAUUCUGCACUGCAAAUACAAAGCGAUGAAAUCCUUCCUCCUCCUCCUCCUCCUCCUCCUCCUUCUCAUAUAAUACCUUCUAACAUUUGCCGCCGGAAUUUCCUUCAUAAUGCCCUGCUGCAACCGUCGAACCCUCUUACCUAUCCCACGCGAGAGUCAAUUGCGUUUCUAGAUGCCAUAUUAGUUUCCAUCCGCAUGUUAAAUUGCUUUGGCCACUCUAUGACCCCUAGGCAUGCGGCCGAAACAUGUCUUCUUGGCGAUGAAGAAUCCCAACUUUUUGAACUGCGUGAAGUUCUCGGAAUUCUAAAACGAGAUUCCAAACAAUCGCGUGAUUGGGAUCAGGCUAGAAAGCAGCUGCUCUGGCUAAAAGGUUGGGGAAGCGAGCAGACUUCCAUGCCCUGCAGCGCGGCCUGCGACUCACACGCGGGCUUAUUUUGGCGGAUACCCCUUGCUCUCUUUGAGAAAGAAAUACUGAAUGCAAUGCUCAUGGCAAAACGUUUAUCCGUCUACACUUCUCUAUCAUCUCCUUUAUCUCGUGACGACGUGGAAGCUGCUGUGGCUGAAACAAUCUUUGUAUCCUAUGACAAUGCGUCGAAUGGAAACAAAACAAGGGGUGGAAUGAAACGGGCAACCGAGAUUCUUGAUUCAUUUGCCCCUCAUUUUCCGCAUUCUGUAGCAUUCCAGCAGAUAAGGUCUCUGAUCUCAGCGACACACUCGCUGUCCUUCUAUUCUCUUACACUACAGCAUGGUGUUCCUUUUCAACCCGUUAGCAUUCGAAUGCAUCAAGACCCGCUGUCGUUGAUUGAGCGGGUGUUAGAACAAAAUGCAAAGGCCUAUACCGAACUGGAUAAUAUUUUGAAAAUCGGUCGCGACCUCAUCGCCGCUGGCCUUCCACAUGGCAUUCAGGAUGACGAUCUUCCCGAUACAGAUUUAUCAGCGCUCUCUCAAGAACAAAUUCAGCUAAUCUCGGCUCACCGUAUCACUUCCCUAGCAAUAUCGUCCGCUCUGAGCGCAAAUGAUUUCGACACGGCUUAUUCAUAUACAACGACGCGACUAGCCCACGGUACUAAACUUCUAGGGUCGAUGGACACCAGCCCCGUCGUGGAAGACAAUAUCUCCUGGCGCGCAGCAUAUAACGCAGGGCGGCACCGCUCAACAGCACCCGAAGCCGAAAACUGCUCUCUCCAAUCCCGAAUUUCCCGCCUCUCUCAACAAAUGGAACUCCUCUCUCUCGCCCUCAUCCUCUCCCCAUCUCCGGACAACCUCCCCGAGAUCCUCGCCGUCUGGCGCCGCUGCGACGAAGAAAUGAACAUCCUUCAAACCCAGGAGCAAGAAGAGGCAGAAGACUGGGACACCCACGGCGACACAACAAGCAUGUCCUCCGUGCCAGGUGGCUUCGGCCCUUCAGAUGCCGAACUCGACGCCAUAGACACCCAGCGCGAGCGCGCCAAACGUCUGCGCGCCUCGCAUCGAAGUAGGAGGGACUAUGAAGAAGCACCCAUGGGCCUGUUUGACGUCGCGCGCGGCGCGGCCAGGGCCAUCAGCAAGAACGCGUUCCCCCUUACCACUGCGGCCCCUUCGUCCAGACCGGGGAGUGUGACGUCCAGUCGGCCUCGGCAGAGUAUUGAUAUUUCUUCUGGAAGCGAGAUGGCUGCGGCAGGAUUCUAUGACGGAUCUGAAACGCCUUCAGAAGCUGGUGAGGGCUCGGGGAGGGUUAGGAAGAGAGAUGUUGUUAGUAACAUGGUUACUGGUGGACUUGUCAGCGGGUUGGGAUGGGUGUUGGGCGCGCAGCCGGUCAAUCAGAACACGAAGUGAUCUAUUUCUUUCCCCCUCUUUUUUUUUUUCCCCCUCCCUUCUUGUAAGUUAGCUGGGACUAAUGAGAUAUGCCUAUUGGAACAUGUCAAAGUGUGGAUAUCGGGGAAGGGCGUUCGGGAAAGCAUGGAUUCGCAUUCUGCUCAAUAAAUUUUAGGUAUGCCCAAUAU